AUGUCCCAAACUGCACUAACCCCUCUCAAAAUAAAAAUAAAAUUAAAUCCUCCUCACAUCUUCUUAAUACACCCCCCCAUAUUUUUUUUUGCCUCCGAUCGAUGUUCUCUGCGCUCCGCUCGCCUCGCCUCCCUCCGCACUCGCAACACCGCCCAUCGACGACUCGGCCGUCUCCCGCCGCGCGCCGGGUCCUGCGCUCCGCCGCGGCGCGCCUGCGCACCAGGGGCCAAGAUGGCGGCGGUGGCACCCGGUGGGCUGCAGGAGGAGGCGCUGAAGAGGAAGGAGCGGCUGAAGGCUCUGCGGGAGAGAACCGGGGCGGCGGCCAGGCAGAAUAAAGAUGACGGGGCGCCGGAGCUCAAGCAUUUCCGAGGUGACGGUGAAGAGAAAGAUAUGGGAAAGCAUAAGGAGCUAAAGUUGCGGAAUUAUGCUCCGGAAGACGAAGAGCUCAAGGGGCGGAUGGUGCCCAAAGCGAAGCCCGCCUCAGUGGAAGACAAGGUGAAAGAGCAGCUGGAGGCUGCGAAGCCCGAGCCCAUCAUCGAAGAAGUGGACUUGGCAAAUCUUGCGCCCAGGAAACCUGACUGGGACUUGAAGCGAGACGUGGCUAAGAAACUGGAGAAGCUGGAGAAGCGAACACAGAGGGCGAUAGCCGAGCUAAUAAGAGAGAGGCUAAGAGGCCAGGAGGAAGAUCUGGCGUCAGCGGUUGACUCAGCAAAGCAGGAGGGAAGCGAUUCGGACUGAGGCUGCCUGUCGGACAGGCCCCCCUUUGCGCGAAGCUUCUCUGACUCUGUGCUGGGUGUAGGGCUGUGGAACCAGGGGACCAAACAUGUUUGACACAAAUCCACAAAAUCCAAGGGCAAGCCUGGUGUUUACAUCUCCUCUAGGCGGGCUUUUGCUUGGGGGUGUUGCUGGCAAGCAAUCGAGUGGGGGCAGAGGACUUUUUCUCAUGCAGGGGAGAACCCGGAGGAUGGACAAAAGUAUGAGCCUGCAGAAAGUGGGUCGCAGUUGCCUACAGAACUGUGUCCCUGUGGCUACCUGCAGUACAACAAAGGACAGGCAUAUCUGAAGCGGACCCAGGGAAAACCUCACCCAUCCCCAAAAAACAUUGUAACAUGAAAUGCUGCAUUUUAAAUGAAAUAGGGAAUUCUCCCUCGUUGAUUUUCAUAAUACAAAAGCACGCAGGUGUUUAGAGAGUCCUCGGUCUCUUGCAGGCCAAAUCCAGUAUGCUUGGCAGACUUCCCUUGAAGUGCCCUUAGAAAGUCACGUUGGGCAAGAAGCCACUUGAAUGUGGCUUAUCCACAUAUCAAAGGGAGUUGUUCUCAGGGCAAGGACCCUGGAUUCUGCCAACAGGCUCGCCUCUGGCAGCUGCUGCGGGGCCUGUAGUUAGAUCUAGCGCAGAUUUUCCAUGUGUACCUGGGUUUAAAAGGAUG